CAGACUCCAGCCAUACAGACCCAGCAGGCGCAGCGGAGCGUUACGUUUACGGGACGAGUGCAUAACUUUUGUUUUGUACUCACUUUGCCGCAGUAAAGCAGCCUUUUCAGGUCUAAACAGUUCGUACUGCGUCUUGUGAUACACCAAGAGUCGUGUUUGUUGUCCCUGGAGUCGUCGUUGUGUGAGUGUGUGUGUGUGUGUAUAUGUGAGAGUGUGUGAAGGCAGCUCGGUUCAACAAUGGCGACGGCGGCUGCGGUGUCUGGUCCUGCCGGCUGUGGCGGCACUAAUCUCGGCUCUGGGACCGAGCUCGUCCGCGGCCAGACCUUCGACGUGGGCCCCCGAUACACCAACCUCUCGUACAUCGGAGAGGGAGCGUACGGCAUGGUUUGCUCAGCAUACGAUCGGGAUAAUAAAGUGCGUGUGGCCAUAAAGAAGAUCAGUCCGUUUGAACAUCAGACCUACUGCCAGCGCACUCUCCGCGAGAUUAAGAUCCUGCUCCGCUUCAAACAUGAGAACAUCAUUGGAAUCAAUGACAUCAUCCGUGCGCCCUCCAUCGACCAGAUGAAAGAUGUCUACAUUGUACAGGACCUGAUGGAGACCGACCUGUACAAGCUGCUGAAGACACAGCACCUAAGCAACGACCACAUCUGCUACUUUCUGUACCAGAUCCUGCGCGGGCUGAAGUACAUCCACUCAGCCAACGUCCUCCACAGAGACCUGAAGCCCUCUAACCUGCUGCUUAACACCACCUGCGACCUCAAGAUCUGUGAUUUUGGGCUCGCCCGUGUAGCAGACCCGGACCAUGACCACACCGGGUUCCUCACAGAGUAUGUAGCCACACGCUGGUACCGUGCACCAGAGAUCAUGCUCAACUCAAAGGGUUAUACCAAGUCUAUUGACAUCUGGUCAGUUGGAUGUAUUCUGGCGGAGAUGCUCUCAAACAGACCCAUUUUUCCUGGAAAACACUACCUGGACCAGCUGAACCACAUUUUAGGAAUCCUUGGCUCGCCCUCACAGGAGGAUCUGAACUGCAUCAUUAACAUUAAGGCCAGGAAUUACCUGCUGUCUCUGCCGCUGCGCUGCAAAGUGCCCUGGAACCGCCUCUUCCCUAAUGCCGACCCUAAAGCCUUGGACCUGUUGGAUAAGAUGUUGACCUUUAACCCCCAUAAGAGGAUUGAGGUAGAGGAGGCCCUGGCUCACCCUUACCUGGAGCAGUACUAUGACCCCACUGAUGAGCCGGUUGCUGAGGCUCCAUUUAAAUUUGACAUGGAGCUGGAUGACCUGCCCAAAGAGACUCUAAAGGAGCUGAUCUUUGAAGAAACUGCACGUUUCCAGCCAGGCUACAGAGCAUAACCUACUACAGAUGUGGCUCUGGACUUGAUCGUGCUGGCGCUUCUGUCUCUUCUCAGUCUUCAUCAUCAUCAUCAUCAUCCUGUUCUUGCUGAACCCCAGAACUACAGUCAGUUAUCAGAAUCAUCACCUCCUUUUCAACCCCUAAACUACCAUCCGGAGAUGGAAUUUAUCCUUGUUAACCCCCUCCUUCCUCAUGCUCAUGCUCAUUAUUCUUCCCCCUUGUAUCUUGUAAGAUUUGAGUUUAAAAAGAGGGUUGUGUACAUGAGGAGGAGGAAGAGGAUAGAGUGCAGGCGGACCAGAGGAUCACAGAGGGUUUUUGCUUCAGACAAACCCUCGGCCCUGGUCACGUUUUGUCUUAUGCUUCAGUAAAAGUCUGUGGUUGUGUAA